AAGAGCCAUAGCUCAGAAGUGUCCAAAUCCUCCCAUGCUGAACCUCAUCUCUGUAGGGGGCCAACAUCAGGGUGUGUAUGGUUUUCCCGUUGUCCAGGUGAUAAUAGUACACUGUGUGAUAUUGUCAGAAAGCUGCUGAACUUAGGGGCAUACAACAGUUUUGUGCAGAAUAAUCUUGUCCAAGCAGAAUACUGGCAUGACCCUCUCCAGGAGGAUGAAUAUAAAUCAAAGAGUGUGUUCUUAGCUGAUCUGAAUCAGGAAAAUAAGAGAAAUGAGACCCAGAAAAACAAUUUGCUAAAACUGAAGAAUUUUGUGCUGGUCAAAUUCUUACAAGACGAGAUGGUGGACCCCAGGGAUAGUGAGUGGUUUGGCUUCUACAAACCUGGACAAGCAAAAGAACUCUUCACCCUUUUUGAGUCACCACUCUAUCAAGAGGACUGGUUGGGAUUGAAGACAAUGAAUAGCACUGGUCGGCUCCACUUUCUGGCUUCUCCCGGUGACCACCUUCAAUUUACAGAGCAGUGGUUCAUUGACAACAUAGUCUCCAAGUUCCUUAAGGGGUAGAUCCUGCACUGUCAGUACCAUGAAGUGAGAUUACAACUGAUACAGCAAUUCAUCAAUGCUCUACAAAAAUUUUCCCCAAGUUUUCCCAUUCUCUUGAUCAGUGUAGAUGAUUAUUUCCCUUGAUAGAAAAUAAAAACUAAUGAUUCAUCUUUGCAUAGGCUAAAGGGGGGAUUUUUCAAUUGAUCAAAUUGUGUGAAAUUUAACUCUGUAUUUUAGUGUAACAAAGUAAAUUUGUAUAUGUCACAUUUACUGAAAAGUUCAUGUUGUGCCGUGAUAUGUAUUUGUAUAUUUUAAUCUUGUAUGACACCCUAAGUAUUUAUUGAUCAUUUUGAGUUUUCAGUUGGUUUUAUCUGUCGCCCAUAUAUCUUAUGAAGUUAACAUUCUACUUAUCUCCACCAAUGCAGGGUACUAACUGUACAAGUACAUGCAGUACUGUAUAUAAAAGUUGUAAGUUGCUUUUCAUGUGAAACGUUUUAUAUUAACAUACUGU